AUGAACUGCAGCGAGAGCCAGCGGCUGCGGACCCUGCUGAGCCGCCUGCUGCUCGAGCUGCACCACCGGGGCAACGCCAGCGGCCUGGGCGCCGGCCCCGGCCCGAGCAUGGGCAUGGGGGUCGUGCCCGACCCCUUCGUGAGCCGCGAGGUGACCAGCGCCAAGGGCAACGACGCCUAUCUCUACAUCCUGCUCAUCAUGAUCUUUUACGCCUGCCUGGCCGGAGGCCUCAUCCUGGCCUACACCCGCUCCCGCAAGCUCGUCGAGGCCAAGGACGAGCCGUCCCAGGCUUGCGCCCAGCACGAGUGGCUCCCGGGAGGUGCCCCGGCCGCCGCCGACGCUGAGACGGCCGCCGGAUCGCCCGCCGAGGACCGCCGCCCGCCCGGCCCCGCCGCGCUGCCCGCCCCGGCCCUCGUCCGGGCCGCCGAGGGGGUCUAG